GAUGACACAAAGGCUUCACCUUACAUCAGUAUAAAUCCAUCAAGGUCCUUUCAAAAUCUUUGGAUAGUCUCUAUACGCAGUCGACGAACAGUGACUUCGCGUGGCAUCCAACACUUGAAUGCGUGAGUAAGAGGGAGCUAAGAGAUCCCCUGACUCCCGUCAGCUGAGAGCAACUCGGACGUCAUCCGCAAUUCAUCCCCACGAGUCCACCCGCGCAUAUAUAACUCCACCUCCAUGUCCCUCCCGUCCACAAUACCGAACCUAUGGCUCUGAGACCCGGCGUCGAAUCUGCUCUAGCAGGGGCCCACGCCCUCCCCACUGCGCUCUCGCUCUUCUCGCUCUCCAACCGCGUGGCGCUCAUCACCGGCGCGCACCGUGGCAUUGGCCUCGAGAUGGCCUUGGCGCUGGCGGAGGCAGGCGCGGCCGUGUACUGCCUCGACAUCCCUGCUGCACCGGACGCAGACUGGCGCACCGUCCAGGAGAGCGCCGCUGCGAUGCCCGGGGUGGGGCGGCUCGAGUACGUCAGCGGCGACGUGACGGACCAGAAAGGGAUGUGGGCUCUCGUCGAGGAAAUCGUCAGGAAAGAGGGCCGCAUCGACAUCUGCGUCGCCGGCGCUGGGAUCCUGCACGGCGCCGAGUGCUUGGAGUACGAGGCUGACGACUUUCGCAGAGUUCUGGACGUGAACGUCUCGGGUGUCCUUUUCGCGGCCCAGGCUGUGGGGAGACAGAUGGAGAAGCUCGGGACUCCGGGCAGCAUCAUCCUCAUUGCUUCAAUGAGCGGGACCAUCACAAACAGAGAUCACCACUGGGUCGCAUACAACACCAGCAAAUCGGCCGUCCUCCAGAUGGGACGCUCCAUGGCGUGUGAGCUCGCGCCGAAGGGUAUACGUGUGAACACUAUCAGCCCGGGGCACAUCAUCACCAAGAUGACACGCGAGUUCCUCGAUAAGCAGCCCGGGCUCGAUGCGAAGUGGGCGGGGCUCAAUCCCUUGGGCCGGCUCGGCAGAUCGGACGAGUUGCGCGGCGUCGCGCUCUGGCUGGCGAGUGAUGCGUCCAGCUUCUGUACCGGGAGCGACAUCCGAGUCGAUGGGGGUCAUUGCGCGUGGUGAAUGGUAAGCCUAAAGUGGUAAAAAGGAAACCGAUGCUUUUGGACAAUUGCCAAUGUAGGCAGGACGUGGCUAUGUAAAGCCGUGUGAUCUACUUUACCUGAGCACGUGAGGAGCCCUUGCGCGAAUCCCUUCGAACUUGGAAGUGCAUCUUGACACUUUCUGUUGUGAACAUUCUGGGUCCAUCCCAUACCUACCGCUCCGUCAUGCAAAUAAUUCCG